CCGAUCUCCAUUUUAGUCUCCCAAAGAUAAAAUUAAUCAAAAUUGUCCUCGAAAGUUGCUCACGUUGAUCGAGUUUAUUCUUUUGUCAUCUCAGUUGGUGAUGUGGCUAACGUUUGCUGAACUGGAACGUUAAGUGCCAGCAUAGUAGACUCCAAAACGAUGUAGUUUCAUCCCUCCAAAACGAGUGUUGAGCCAAAAUUCACCUUCAUCAAACGUUCUUCCAUCUCUCCUCUCAUAACAACCCUCUUGAACUUUCGCUCCAAAACUCCUCGUCUUCUCUCUACUCUGGUACUCUGCCCAAGGAUCCUUUGAUCAGAACCUCGUUGCGUUAUUGACGAUUCUUGUGCAUGUCGAGGCUUGUAGAGGACUUGGCUCUACUACGGUGGAUAGUUGGAGGAGCUCGCGGAGGAGAUUCGCUGUUGGAGGAAGGAAUAGUAGCGGCCAUAGGAUGGAGGGUCCUCCUAUGACGUUUGUAUUUCACCAUGGUGGGAAGUUUAAAAAGGAUGAGGGUGAAAAUCUGUACUAUGAGCCGGAUCACACAGAGGUGUUAAUGAGAGUUGAAGGUGACACACUCGACGUGUUCUUUGUGAAGGGAUAGUAUGUGGAACUGGGAUAUGGUGAGGCUAGGGAGUGUUGGUGGAAAUCUCCAGGAGUUCCCCUUAAAUAUGGGCUGAGGAGGCUGGCCACAGAUCAUGAUUUGAUUGCAAUGGUGAAGGAUUGCAGGAGGAACUUCAACUUGAUCAACCUGUAUUUCGAGCAUGGUGUUUCAGAGCCAUGUGUGGUUGAUGGAAGAAGAUGUGCCAAAAAUUAAGUCAACCCAAACCAAGAGACAUCACUCUCAACCCACCAAGUUACCAUCCAACCAAAAAGCAUGCUCUGAAUCCACGAAGGCAUUAGCUGAUGGUAGCAUAUUAUCCUCUUAGCCUUCAAAGUUGCCUUCUCAGUCCACGAAAUUUCCUACCCAACCCACAAAGGAACCAAGUUAGCCCAUGAAACUGCAUACCCAGCCCACUAACAAACCAAUUCAGCCCACUAAGGAGCUCACUAAGUCCACUGGACCAUUAUCUAAGUCCACUAGACCAUCAUAUCAGUCCACCAAAAAGUCACGUCACCCUGUGCAAACUCCAUCACAGCCCAAAAAAUCCUAUAGUCAUCCUACCAAACCUACCCCUGCUCCAUCUUAGACCAAAGAAAAGACCAAGGCCAUUACCACCACAAGAGCUGGAAGGCAUGUGAUGACAUUAGAAGUUGAAGAAGACAGUGACUCUCAUGACUCUUAUGAGAGUGUUGAGGACAGCCUUUACACACCUCCAAAGGUACUAGAAAAUGAUGGAUCUACUAGCAGUGACAGUGAUGAUGGUGUGAACUCUACAAGGCUGAACAAAAAAAGUGAGGUCAAAGAGAAGCACAAGCCUGCUAAGACCAGAUUAGCAGAGAAAGAAAUAGAGACCGACGAUUCAAGCUAUGAAGCUUCUGAGGAUGAGGAUGAAACUGACUCAGACCUAGAAGAUAAUCCCCUUGAUGAUGGUGAUUCGGAUCUCAACUCAUGGCACUCGGAGGACUCAGGCCAAGAAUUGGACUCUGAUGAGGAAUCACCAAUCGUAUAUCCUCAGUAUAAUGACAAGGUAAAGUUUGGGGACCUCAAAUUUGAGGUUAGUAUGAUAUUCAAAUCAAAAGAACAUUUUAUGCAUGCAACUAGGGACUACACAAUCCAGUUAGGUAGAAAUAUAUUGUUUACAAAGAAUGACAAUGUUCGAGUUAGGGCUGUGUGUAAGGUUGAGGGUUGUCCUUGGGUAGUAUAUUGUGCACGUAGUAAGUAAGACGGGUCCUGGCAGAUUAAAAUCCUAGUUGACAACUAUAUCUGUCCUAGAAGGCGUAAAAAGUAAAAACAGGGCAGCGAACCAAAAGUGGACACUAAGCAAAUUUGUACCAAAACUUAGGAAGUACCCUACAAUGAGACAUCGUGAAGUGUAUGAGUGAUUUGUGAGGAAGUGUAAUGUAAACCUCAACAGCACCUGCAUCACUAGAGCAUUGAAAGCUGCUAGAAAAGUGGUAGAAGGGGAUGAAGUUGCCCAGUAUGGGUUAGUCUAGGACUAUGCUAAUGAAUUGCUUACAAGUAAUCCCAGGUCUACAGUUCAAGUUGGUGUAAUCCCGAUGCCAGAGGGUCCUCCACAAUUUGAGAGCAGCCAGUUGGGUCAAGCACCAAGAUAAAGAGAAAGUACAACCCAAUUAGGUGCAUGUAUUGUGCUGAAAUUGGACACAACAAGAGAAGCUGUGCAAAGAAGAAAAAGGAGGAUGCUAAGGAACAAGCUAGGCAAAUGCAACUUCAGCUUGCCCUUACUAAAGGGCCUGCUCCCCCUAUAGAUGAGCCAAACACCAACAAUGAAGUUCAAUCACAUUCUCCCCCUCCUCUCCCAGUCCAGCCACAACCUGCUGUGGAAGUCAACCAACCAGGAGAGACCCCACCAAUGCAAGAUACCCAAUUGCAUGUUCAAGACCUUCAGAGAGGCAGGCCACCCAAAUUGCAUGUCAUCAAAAGCAAGGCAAGAUCGAAUGCCUCCACCUAGUCUCCUGUGGCCAUAUCUGCUGAGACAUUGAAAGGAACAACUUCCGCCAUUGCAAAGAAGAUGCAAACCUAAAUGACAUUCGUGCCUACUCCAGGCUUCAAGCGUCCAAAAAAGAAAGAUUAACAUGUUUAACUAGAAAAUAUAUUUUGUAUGUAGUUGCAACUUUGCUUUUUGGGAACAUGGCUCUGUAAACUGGUUCUGUAUUCAGGAUCAUUUAAGUUAGGCUUAUUAUGUUUUUUUGGUUUAAGUGAACAAUGUUAUUUGAACUUAUGCUUUGGAUUGCUCUUUUAACUUCUGGAUCCUUGAUCACCCAUGUGGUAUGUCUACUAAGACAAUAUGAUAUCAUUAUGAUGUUUGUUAUGGAUUACAAUGAUUUUGACUAUUCUGAUGUAUACAACUUUUUGGUGAAUACAUACUUAGGGUUCAAACAUCACCAUCAUGUAUUCUCAGUGAAACCCAUCAUGCUUGAACAACAAGUUUAUGUUAAAUUAAACACAAUUAAACCAUACUUUCAUUCAUAAGUAACAUCAUCAUUACAUAUCAACUAAUUCAAUUUGAAAGAUCUAACAACACCUCUAAAACACAAGAACAUAACACUCCAUCUGUGGCUUUACUUGGAGAUUAAUGUGAACAACAAUGAUACACACAACACACUAGCCACGACCACUGCAACUGACAGGAACAUUAUCAGCAUUU